AUGAGGUGGAACAACAAUACAUUUGGGUUUGUUCUUAGGAGGAUGGCACAGCUGCUUAGUGAUGGUAGUAAGCCUGACAAAGUGUUCAAGGACAAAGAUGUCAACUUAGUAGCUAAGCAUCUAAAGGAGUAUAGUGGGGAGGCAGACCACCCUAAGGACUCAGAGUUCCUUAACUGUCCUAUAUGGUUCUACACUGAGAUAGAGGCCAUCUUUGGUCAUGCCAUGGCCACUGGUAGGUUUGCACUGGGAUCUAGUGAGGCCCUUGGGGUGAACCAGGCUGAUAGUGUAGCCGCUAAGGCUGAGGGCAGUGCCUUCAACCAUGUGUGUGAGGAGAAAACCACCACUAAGUUGGGUGGCAAGAGGAAGAGGGACAACUUCACUGAGGAUGAGAUGCUCAUUCUCACAAACAUGUCAAAUGUUGUUAACAAUGUUGUCAAUGCACUUAGGGAGACUAGACCAGCCCAUGUUGAUGCAAACCUCUACCUUGCUGUUAUGGAGAUGCUUGGAUUUUCUAAGGAGGCUCUCAUAGUAGCCUACACCUACCUGCUGGACAACAAGGCCCAAGGUAGGGGCUUUGUUGGCAUGAGGGACAGCCACAAGACCCUUUGGCUUAGGACCGACCUAGACAAGAACUAA